GUGUGUGGUUGCCAUGUAAUAUCCUGGCCGCGCGGGCGCGCGAGGGGCUGAGGCGGCGCCGGGGCGGGCGCGGAGCUGGCUGGAGGGCGGCGGAGGCGGUGCCGUAGGGGCCCGCUGAGGCGCGCGGGGCGUUGGGGGCGCCCGGAAGCCUGUCACUUGCGCGGUCCCUCCGGUUCGCUGGGUCCGCGCGGGAGGCCCGACGGCGGGAGGCAGCAUGUCGGUAGCGGGGCUGAAGAAGCAGUUCUACAAGGCGAGCCAGCUGGUCAGUGAGAAGGUCGGAGGGGCUGAAGGGACCAAGCUGGACGAUGACUUCAAAGAGAUGGAGAAGGUAACGGGAGAGGGGUACCCGUCUGACGCUGGCAGUGUUACCAGACCCUGUAGGGCCCGGCCCUGGCAUCUGGGGGGAGGCGAGGCUUACCGGGAGGGUCUAGGUGGGUCGCAGGCCUCCCCCCAGCCCAGAGCAGGCAGCGGCGGGGGCACAGCACAGCCAACAGCAAGGAGGCAGGGAGGCGAGGCAGUCCCCAGAAGCAGCGGGCAGUUCUUGCGUGGGCUCUGAGGCAGCUGGGGAACUGGGACCAGGGCAAGGGCUGUCCAGGUGCUCCUGGUUUGGCCUCAGGCGCCCUGAUGGUUUCAAAACCCCACACGUGGACUCUCU